UGUGGAGCUGUGAAAACGGGCAGUGAUGACGUUACAUGAUGAACUGUGCUGUGUUGUCACCAGCUGUUGGCUCGAAGACGAAGGAGAAGUGGUUGUGUCUCAAUGGAUUGUGUGUCUGCGAGCGGACCGGAACGCUGAGCGGCACGUUUGGAGCUGAACGGCGGCACCGGAUGACUGAUCAGGACACCGGAGCCUCGCCAGUGUCCCGGUGAUAGUAUCAGUUAUAUAACUGAAGGCAGCGUUAAGACAAAAAACUGUGAUAACGGACUAGUGCCAAUACAGGUCGGAGUUGAAGCCAUUUUUCUCUGCAAUUCACACAGACUGUCACACCAGCUGUGUUCAAACAGAGACCAUUUGGUGUCUGCCCAAUGUACAGCAGGUAGAGUGCUUUAACGUAGCACCGCCGCCAUCAUGAAUGUGGGCACGGCGCACAGCGAGGUGAACCCAAACACCCGGGUGAUGAACAGCAGGGGCAUGUGGCUGUCUUACAUCCUGGGCAUCGGCCUCCUGCACAUCAUCCUGCUCAGCAUUCCCUUCGCCAGCGUGCCCGUGGUCUGGACCCUCACCAACCUCAUCCACAAUCUGUGCAUGUACCUCCUGCUGCACACAGUCAAGGGAACACCCUUUGAGACGCCAGAUCAGGGCAAGGCCCGCCUCCUCACGCACUGGGAGCAGAUGGACUACGGCGUACAGUUUACUGCUUCACGCAAGUUCCUCACCAUCACACCUAUUGUCCUGUAUAUCCUAACCAGCUUCUACACCAAAUACGAUCGAGUCCAUUUUGUGGUCAACACUGUUUCCUUGCUCACCGUACUCAUCCCCAAGCUGCCACAGCUCCACGGCGUUAGGAUCUUUGGGAUUAAUAAGUACUGACAAGGAGGAAGAGGACUUCCUUGCCUAAGUCCCCAUGGACUGCUGAGAGCACGCAGAGUAUCAGGCCUCUGAUUUGGCUGCAGAUCCACAAGGAUCCAUAGCUCUUUGGCUCCCGACUCUGCAGAGCAGCGCUCUAAAUGAAGCCUACUGGGGACACUGCCAUGGUACCAAACCCCAGGAAAGAGACACAGGACUCUAUAGAGAGAGCAAAAAAGGGAAAGUGUACUGUUGUGAUUGUUUGACACUUAUCUCCCUUGAGUUACAAGUUUUCAAGAGACACUUAAAGCAUCUCUAAAGGGGAGUAUUAUGUCCAUUUCUGUAGAAAUGACAAUUUGUUGAUGUGACAGGUGUUGGGAGCGGAGGAGUAGUUGCACAAAUAAUCGUGCCAUUUUACACCCAUUGGCACAGUGAGACAGCGAUCAAAGCGUUUUUUUUUUUUUUUUAAAUAAUACACUGCUGUAUUUAUUCAGCUUCACUUCCACAUUAAUCUUCCUCUUUCUAGGCUUAGAGGAGAGUAACAGUACGUUAAUGAAUGGUAAGAAACCUGCGAACUGCUGCAGAAGCGAGACACGAGAAACCACAAGGUUUUAUAUUUAGCUCUCACUGCUCUGCUCAGGGCCAUGAAUGGGAGGUUAAGCAACUCUUAUUUUAUCUGACCAUUUCCAUAUUUGGACUCCUCUUGUCCUGGUUUGUGUCACAGCGAGCCUUCUUUUUGCAAGAGCGUCUGCCGUGUGAGCAGAAAGAAUGCACAAGAGCGCACUACUGGUCCAACAUAGUUCUGUACAACAAGUUCUGCAAUCUGAGUGAAGACAUAAGUGUUUCUGUCCUUACUUUACUCAUAGUUACACUACAUACGGGGACACAGGCUUGCAACUGCUCUGUAACUGUACUCAGGACACAUAACAUUCACACAAGCCUGUUAUGUCUGCAUCUUAUUUUGAAAACCUGCAGGCAGACUACACACAGAGCUACCAGUUUAUUAGGUACACCUGUGCAAUAUAAUGCAAUCCAGUGCAGUAAUCAUGAAACUGUCGUUUGUUUCUAAUGUUUUCUUCACCCCUAUUUACAUAUAUGAAGGGGUCAAAAUAUUUGACACGCUCAACAACGAACUCAUGAAAUGUUAAGAAAUAAAAAACAUCAAAAAUAACAAUAGACAAACAAUUUAAAGCUGUAUUAAUUUCCCCUUUCAGCCAUUUGGUGGCACCAAACAAUCUUUAAACACAGCACUGACAUCAUCUUAGAAAGUUCUUAUGGUGUGAGGAAAAAUUGUCUGUUUACAUACUGUAUUUAGAAGAUAGUGAGCAACAUUAGUAUUUGUUCUGAGUCACGUGUUCAUUCUUCAUUUAACUUUGGUUUGGCCUCCACCAGCUAGUCGCUAAUGUUGUCUGUCUAUUGUUUGGUGCUGUGCUGCUCGCCUACAGUGGAUCUAACUUGGCUUUUUUCUGAUUGGACCUGAUUGGGUUGGUCCUUUCACAGUACACACAGUCAUUUGAUCCACAGUUAAUAUAGAAAUAUUAAUUGGUGCAGCUUUAAGAUUCAUUGGAAAGAGAUAUCGGUCAGCAACAGGUGAUUUAUUUAUUUUUUUUUAUUUUUUUUAGAGUAUUGUGUCCAAGUCUGAUCCAAAUCCUUACCUUUCAAGAACAUCAAGUCCUCACCCUGUUAAAAUCUUUUUUUUUUUUUAGGAUCCAAGGAAAUGACAGUUAUGUGCUAAAGGGAUGUUACAAAGCUGCUUUGCUAGAUUAGUCUAAAAGGCAACAUAACAUGCGAUGUAUGUUUUAAAGUUUUACAUACUUCUCGACCAAUGCAUGUUUAGGAUCCUUUUUCAUUGUGCAUGGCAGUGGAAGGCUGGAGUGUCUGUGAAUCAUUUCACCAUGGCAAGUCUCAGCGACAGUGAGUUGGUAACGUGAAGUAAUGACUAAUAAUAUGAACAUGUAGGGUGUGAGUCGCCGGCUUUAUGGGGAUUUGGUUCCUCAGUGUGGCUUAAGAAACGACUGUUUAAUUUGGUGAUGGUCAUACCAACCUGUACAGUUUUCAGAUAAACAUGUGAGACUGUGUUUAUUCAUACAAGUUGAAAAACAGAUAAAAAGCAGAAUACAGUGUGUUUUAAACAUGUUAAAUGAAGAGGCAAAACGUAAUAUGAAUGUUAUGUUUCUGUUAAACACUGUUGUCAAACUGGAAGACUGGUUUUAAACUGAGAUCUAGACCUACUUUAUUUUUUAAAAAAUGUUUCCUGAGGUUUGCCUGAACCACACAUUUCACUCUCGGCAGUAGUAAUAGCAGUAGCCAUAUUAACAUUAAUAUUGACAGUAGCAGCAGUACUAGGUACAAUAGUAGGUUUCAGUCCUGGUACUUGAGGGACUAGUUUUAACCCAGUUGGAUUAUUGUAAUUCAUGCUGUUUCAUAUUAAUUAUUGCUGAAACCAAAAUGAUUCCACUCAAUUAUUCCUUUUAGCAGACUGAUGUAUUGAAUUGGCAGAAUUUAUAAUUGAUGCAUCGAAGCACAGACCAAAGAUCCAGACACUUGAGUUGUAAAUACUAGUUGCUCUGCUGCAGCGUUUCUUUCUCCGUCAUGAUGUUUUCAAAUGUCGUCAUCAGUUAUCACCAUAAAGGGCUUUAUUCAAGGACAGGCUGUAAGAGUUUGUAGCACAAAGUGACCAUGUAUUUUACAUGUGUGUGUUUUUCUAUUUUACUGGACUGUUGAAGACAACAGGUAUUGAAAGAUGGUUGAACUGAAUGUUGGUUAAAUGUGAAACUGUGUUCAUGGCUUCUGCUCAGUGGUAACUGUACUUGCUUUUUGAAGGAAAUGUCAUUGUGACCCUCUGUAAGAGUGCUUGACCCAAAAUACAGUAUUUUUCAAGUA